AUGCCCCGCGAUCCUAUCCACCCCGCAUCUCUCUUGCGACUGUCGGCCCACGACCCGACCGUUGUCCACUCGCUGAAGAACAAGGUUCCGCCAGAGUUCUUUGACUUCGUCGCGUCUCAAUGUGAGGCUGUCAUCCGCAUCGAGGACGAGCCCCUCCCCACUCCUCCGCUCUCUCCACGAACCCUUCCCCCCUCCCCUGGUCAGGCUGGUCCUUCGCGCUGGUGGGAGGCCCCUCUUCCGCGCAAGGGCGAGUAUGACGAGCUUCCCACACUCUCCGACUUCAUUCGCGGUCUCGUCGUUCAGUCGAAUGUCCAGAUGCCUACCCUCUCCGUUGUACUCGUCUACCUCAACCGGCUAAAGCAGCGCCUUCCCCCAGUCGCCCACGGCAUGAAGUGCACACGGCAUCGCGUCUUCCUCGCUGUCCUCAUCUGUGCAGCCAAGUACCUUAACGACUCAAGCCCGAAGAACAUGCACUGGCAGCGUUACGCCCGCUUCUUCUCCCUUGCCGAGGUCAAUCUCAUGGAGAAGCAGCUUUUGUACAUUCUGGACUACCACCUUGGCGUCGAGGAGUCGGCCCUCAUCACCCACAUGCGACCAUUCUGGGCUGAGCAGUCCCGAGUGGCUGCCGCUCGCGAGGCCGAAGCUCAGGCUCAGGCUCAGGCGCAGGCGCAGGUCGUUUAUCAGCCCCUCUCCCCUCCCCCAACCCCGACUACGAAGGCAACCUUCUCUUCCGUCAACAUCCCCUCCGCAUCUCGCUUUCCCGUUCCCCCGCGACACACCCCGGUCAUGCCCCGCCCCUCUACACGAUCUGCGGCGGCCGCAUCCGCACCCGUACCUCUCCACGCCCCACCUACCUCGAAGGAGCCUCACGACUACUUCGUCGCCUCGCACCCCACGAUCCACAUCCACGCGGCGUCAGGACAUCAGAAGUCGUCGCCGAUCCACUCCUUCUCGCGCCUUCAGCUUGAGGAGGCCGAAACACCGGCACUUCUUCGUCGCGACUCGGCCGGAAGCACUUGCUCCUCUUGCAGCAGCUGCUCGACGCAGUCGCCGCACUUUGAUGAAGGCGAGGCUUCCGUCGUCACCAUCCGCAAGGGCUCUGUCUUGAGCGCGUACGACAUGAUGAUGGAGCAGCACGAGCUAUCGCCCGCUGCUCCAUCACCGAAGUGGAGGAAGCUUGGCUUCAGGCAUGCGCAGGCGCAGCUCAUCUCGGCGCGGAGGAACGCUUUGUAA